ACUCAGACAAGGCUCUGUCCAGCCAGCUCAACUCAUCCACAACAGCUCUUUCAAAUGAGUUUACAAACCUCAGGCAUUUACCCAAGUUUUCCAACUCCCUUCAUUACUAUUGGUUUACUUUAAAGCAUUCUUUAAAGCUCUCUUGUUUGAGGAUAAGUGGUGCUCGAUACUUUUUAGAGAAGACAGGCGCGUACUGAAACAUCCAAAAUUGGAUUGCAGUUUCUGUUUCUCGUCUUUCAGUUGAAAAACCCGACUCGUGAUGGUUGUCCUGUCACUUAGCUUACUAAUGGUAGGAGUUGUAGUAAGUCUGACUUCAGCCGAUCUGGCUGGUGAAAUAAUAGAUAAAGAAGACUUUUUAAAGAUCCGUUUGAAAGAGUAUGGCCUUGUUACUCCCAUCAGUACAGAUGAAGAGGGACACUACCUCUCACAUCUCCUCUCGGCCAAUCACAAGCAGCGUGUGAAGCGGGACGCUUUGGAUCAGCCUGCACCAGCUGAGACGCUUUUCUAUAACAUCACUGUCUUUGGCAUUGAAUUCCACCUCCGACUAUAUUCCAAUCAUCGAUUAGUUGCUCCGGGAGCCACAGUGGAAUGGCAUGAUGAGAUUGAGGCUGAAAACGUGACUGAUAACAGAACCCACCCUGAGAAAAUACUCAGAAAAGAAUUGCUGAAAACAGACUGCGCUUUUAUUGGAGAGAUCACGGAUGUGCCUGGAGCUUCUGUUGCCAUUAACAACUGUGAUGGGCUGGCCGGUAUGAUUCGAACAGAUUCUGAUGAGUACUUCAUUGAGCCUCUGGAGAGAGGAAAAAAAGAACAUGAGGAUAGUGGAAGAGUACAUGUGGUGUACCGAAAAUCUGCAGUAUUGCAAGCUGAAUCUGACAUCUCUACGGACUUCCAGCCGAUUGAGUCUGGAUUUGAUGUGCCAAAGGUGCUGGACAAUGUUGCUAAACAAAUUAACCGGACGGCCAGGAGGCGAAGACAUGCUGGUGACGAUGACUACAACAUUGAGGUGCUUCUUGGAGUAGAUGAUUCUGUUGUCCGCUUCCAUGGAAAAGAGCAUGUGCAGAACUAUCUCCUCACCCUUAUGAACAUUGUGAAUGAGAUCUACCAUGACGAGUCAUUGGGCGUUCACAUUAAUGUUGUUCUUGUGAGGAUGAUCAUGCUUGGGUAUGCUAAGUCCAUCAGUCUCAUUGAGCGUGGCAACCCUUCACGAAGCCUGGAAAAUGUGUGCCGCUGGGCAUUUGGCCAGCAGAAGGACGAUCCAGAACACUCUGAGCAUCACGAUCACGCCAUCUUCCUGACUCGGCAAGGCUUCGGCCCCACAGGGAUGCAGGGAUAUGCACCUGUCACUGGGAUGUGCCACCCUGUCCGCAGCUGCACCCUCAAUCAUGAAGAUGGCUUCUCCUCUGCUUUUGUAGUAGCCCAUGAGACAGGCCAUGUGCUGGGAAUGGAACAUGAUGGUCAGGGCAACCGCUGUGGUGAUGAGACAGCCAUGGGAAGUGUCAUGGCCCCUCUGGUGCAAGCAGCCUUUCAUCGCUAUCAUUGGUCUAUGUGCAGUGGACAAGAACUAAAGAGAUACAUUCAUUCAUAUGAUUGCCUCUUGGAUGACCCCUUUAAACAUGACUGGCCCCAGCUUCCUGAACUUCCAGGCAUCAAUUACUCCAUGGAUGAGCAGUGUCGUUUCGAUUUUGGUGUUGGAUACAAAAUCUGUACUUCAUUUCGCACAUUUGAUCCAUGCAAGCAGCUGUGGUGUAGUCAUCCAGAUAACCCUUACUUCUGCAAAACCAAAAAGGGUCCUCCAUUGGAUGGAACUGAAUGCACGCCUGGAAAGUGGUGCUACAAAGGUCACUGCAUGUGGAAGAAUGCCAACCAAGUGAAGCAAGAUGGGGCCUGGGGUGAUUGGAGCAAGUAUGGCUCCUGCUCUCGUUCCUGUGGGACGGGCGUGCGCUUCAGAACCCGCCAGUGCAACAACCCUGUUCCAUCUAAUGAAGGUCAGGAUUGCCCGGGGGUGAACUAUGAGUACCAACUGUGUAACACAAAUGAUUGCCCCAAACACUUUGAGGACUUCAGAGCUCAGCAGUGUCAGCUUCGCAACUCUCAUUUUCAGUACCAGAACACCAAGCACCAUUGGCUUCCUUACGAGCACCUGGAUGCCAACAAAACAUGUCACCUUUAUUGCCAGUCAAAAGAAACAGGGGACGUGGCUUACAUGAAGCAGCUGGUACAUGAUGGGACAAAGUGCUCAUACAAGGACCCAUACAGCAUAUGUGUGCGUGGGGAGUGUGUGAAAGUGGGCUGUGACAAGGAAAUUGGUUCCAAUAAAGUGGAGGAUAAAUGUGGUGUCUGUGGGGGUGACAACUCCCACUGCCGUACUGUGAAAGGAACAUUUACUCGUACCCCAAAGAAAACUGGGAAAACAAGAGGAGCAUUCGUAUUACCAAAAGGAGCACGGAAUGUAUAUCUGAAUGAAUCGGAGGGACCUAGGAAUGUCAUUGGUUACCUAAAGAUGUUUCUCAUUCCCCCCGGGGCUAGACAUGUGAUGAUCCAAGAACAUGAGGCUUCUCCUCAAAUUCUUGCUAUCAAGAACCAGGCAACAGGACAUUACAUUCUCAACGGCAAAGGAGAGGAGUCGAGGCCCCGGCGCUUCAUUGAUAUGGGAGUGGAGUGGGAUUACAUAAUUGAGGACGAUGUUGAGACCCUCCACACUGAUGGUCCACUACACGAUGCAAUUGUUGUUCUGAUUGUUCCUAAGGACAAUGAGACGAGAUCUACGCUUGUGUACAAAUACAUCAUCCAUGAAGACUCGGUGCCCAUAAACAACAAUAAUGUCAUUCAGGAGGACACAUAUGAGUGGGCAUUGAAGAGCUGGUCCCAAUGUUCAAAACCUUGCGCUGGAGGGUUCCAGUACACCAAAUAUGGAUGCCGUAAAAAAGGUGACAACAAAAUGGUACAGAGAGGCUUCUGCGACAAUAGCAAGAGACCCAAACCUAUUCGCAGAAUGUGUAACCUACAAGACUGCACACAACCACAAUGGAUCACAGAGGAGUGGGAGCAUUGUACUAAAACUUGUGGGAGUUUGGGGUACCAGAUCCGCACGGUGCGAUGCGUCCAGUUCCUUCAUGAAAGCACAAAUCGCUCCAUCCACAGCAAGUACUGCAGUGGAGAAAAGCCUGAGAUCAGACGACCAUGCAACAGAGUGCCCUGCCCAGCCCAAUGGAGGACCGGAGCCUGGUCGGAGUGUUCUGUGACCUGCGGAGAGGGUGUGGCACGACGCGUGGUUACAUGUCGGAUUGGCGAUCAGUGUACUGGAGAGAAGCCGGAAUCACACAAGCCCUGCCGACAAGGAUCCUGCCAUGAUGAGCCAUGCGGAGGUGACAAGUCCAUAUUCUGCCAGAUGGAAGUUCUUGCUCGUUAUUGCUCUAUACCGGGCUACAACAAGCUCUGCUGUGAAUCCUGCAGCAAGAGAAGUGGCACUUAUACUCCUAUUUCGCACGAAGCUGCCGAGACAGAGGAGGCACUUCGCUUUGGUUCAGCCUCUCAGCUUCUGGAGACGCUCUCAGCCACUGUUAAUGGAUCUCUGAAAGUCCCUCAGCAGAGUCAACGAGAAUCCUUGUCACAAGGCCAGCUCACAAAGCAGACACCCACUCCCGCACCCCGUAAAGCCAAUGUUGAGAACAACAAGACUCAAAAGCGGAUCAAACCUGGUGCUAGGAAUCUGCCUGCAAUGUCGAUCAACAGCCCACGGAUUGAAAAUGGCCCUAAAGACACUCUUUGGCCAUUGGAAAGUUUUCACGAGAGUCAGGGUCCAACAGCAUUAUCUGAGGUAGAGAGAUGAAGUAUAAUUUGUCUUUUUUCCUCUGGACUCUCUCUCUCUCUUUUGUUUUUUUUGUAGAUAUAGAUGUGUAACAUUCAUCUUUACUAUCAGAUCAACCCGUGAUGUGUUUUAAAGAGAGAGUAAAGUGCUGGUUCACUUUGAAAUGUUCUCAGUUCCCCGCCAACAGUAUUUGAUCACACGCUGUUGUGAUGUGCCAAAGUAUCUUCUUAACAGCUCGUUCAGUGGGGGGGGGGGGGUGUCGAAAAUCUUACGUACAGUAUAGAGACUCCAAAGUGGUACUUAGUUAGGAAAUGGUUGUAGUUAUAUAAAACCUCAAAAUCCUAACAGAUUUAUUUUUAUCAACUCCAAACUUGGAUUUGUUUGACCAAUAUUUAUGAACGUUCCUGUAAAUACUGUAUAUGGCAAAUGUCAGUAUUAUUUUUUU